AUGGUGCAGGAGGGAGGGUUAAACCAACAGCCACUAAAGUCGAACAUCGCCCCGGGGCUCGCGGUCUCUCGCAGACUCUCCCGGGCCGAUUCUCCGGGGUCGCGGCUGCGGCGCGGCCUUCCCGGCAACGCCCCCUCCGCGGCCGAGGUCACCUGCCGAGGCCGCACGGCUCCCCGGGCUCGACAGACACUGGCGCGGCGGCCAGCCCUCGCUCUGACCUCGCCACGGCAGCCGCACGCCCCGGGCCGGCCCUCACCCGCACCUGAGCCCGGGCCCGCCGCGGCGGCGCUCGGAACCGCGCACGGCUCAGGAGGCGAGCGAAUCACUCAGUUCAGGGACCCUUUCUCGUCGCCACGCCUCCGGGCGCGACUGCGCCUGCGCACGGGAGAGCCCACGGCCACCGGCAGAACGUCGCGCUCGGCCCUUCGGACUACAUUUCCCAGGCGUCGCCGCGGCACCGCCGCCUACGGUAUCCGAGAAGGAACAAGAGCUCCUCGACCCGGGCAAGCGGGCGGACUGGAGUCCGGGAAUUCUGAAGCCGGUUUCUCGACUUCUUUUCGUGCGCCCUUUAUUGUACAGAAACAGGGCACUCUCAACGUUUGGCGCUGCAAACCUCGUGCCCCUUUCCAGGACACAGACAAGCUGGAAUCAGUGCCAGUGAACCUGCUUCGCACUGGGGAGAAUGUGGACAGAUCACAGCUCUUGUGCACUGCUGUGGGAAUGUACAAUUGUGCAGCUGGGGCGGCCCCCGGGGAAGUGGGCGCAGGGCCGGUGUGGAGACGUGCCGGGGCCAGCCCCCGAGGGUGUGAGGGCGCGGCGGGACGUCAGGCCAGCUGCGCGGGGUCCCCACCCUCGCCCAAGGCUCCCGCGUCCCCUGCCCCGCGGGCCACAGCGUGCGAGCCGGAGCUCCUGGCGUCGGCCGCCCCUCCGCCGCCGAUGGCGCUGCUCCUGGCGCCGCUGCUGGCCUGGCUGGCGCAGGCAGGGCUGGCGCGCGCCGCGGGCUCCGUGCGCCUGGCCGGCGGCCUCACGCUGGGCGGCCUGUUCCCGGUGCACGCGCGCGGCGCUGCGGGCCGGGCGUGCGGGGCGCUGAAGAAGGAGCAGGGCGUGCACCGGCUCGAGGCCAUGCUGUACGCCCUGGACCGCGUCAACGCCGACCCCGCGCUACUGCCUGGCGUGCGCCUGGGCGCGCGGCUACUGGACACCUGCUCGCGGGACACGUACGCGCUGGAGCAGGCGCUGACCUUCGUGCAGGCGCUGAUCCGCGGCCGCGGCGACGGCGACGAGGUGGGCGCAAGCUGCCCUGGGGGCGUCCCCCCGCUGCGCGCCGCGCCCCCCGAGCGGGUGGUGGCCGUGGUGGGCGCCUCGGCCAGCUCCGUCUCCAUCAUGGUCGCCAACGUGCUGCGCCUGUUUGCGAUCCCCCAGAUCAGCUACGCCUCCACAGCCCCAGAGCUCAGCGACUCCACACGCUAUGACUUCUUCUCCCGGGUGGUGCCACCGGACUCCUACCAGGCCCAGGCCAUGGUGGACAUUGUGCGAGCACUGGGCUGGAACUACGUGUCCACGCUGGCCUCAGAGGGCAACUAUGGCGAGAGCGGGGUUGAGGCAUUUGUGCAAAUCUCUCGUGAGGCUGGGGGGGUCUGUAUUGCCCAGUCCAUCAAGAUUCCCAGGGAACCAAGGCCAGGAGAGUUCAACAAGGUGAUCAGGAGACUCAUGGAGACACCCAAUGCCAGGGGCAUCAUUAUCUUUGCCAACGAGGAUGACAUCAGGCGGGUCCUGGAGGCCGCAGGCCAGGCCAACCUGACAGGACACUUCCUAUGGGUGGGCUCAGACAGCUGGGGAGCCAAGACCUCACCCAUCCUGAGCUUGGAGGACGUGGCUGUGGGGGCCAUCACCAUCCUGCCCAAGAGAGCGUCCAUCGACGGGUUUGACCAGUACUUCAUGACUCGCUCCCUGGAGAACAACCGCAGGAACAUCUGGUUUGCUGAGUUCUGGGAAGAGAAUUUUAACUGCAAACUGACCAGUUCGGGUGCCCAGUCAGACGAUGCCACCCGCAAGUGCACAGGAGAGGAACGCAUCGGCCAGGACUCCACCUACGAGCAGGAGGGCAAGGUGCAGUUUGUCAUUGACGCCGUGUACGCCAUUGCCCACGCCCUGCACAGCAUGCACCAGGCGCUGUGCCCGGGGCACACAGGCCUGUGCCCCGCCAUGGAGCCCACUGAUGGGCGGACGCUGCUGCAGUACAUUCGAGCUGUGCGCUUCAAUGGCAGCGCGGGAACCCCCGUGAUGUUCAAUGAGGAUGGAGAUGCGCCCGGGCGCUACGACAUCUUCCAGUACCAGGCCACCAAUGGCAGCGCCAGCAGUGGCGGGUACCAGGCAGUGGGCCAGUGGGCAGAGGCCCUCAGGCUGGACGUGGAGGCCCUGCAGUGGGCAGGCGGCCCCCAUGAGGUGCCCUCCUCUCAGUGCAGCCUGCCCUGUGGGCCAGGGGAGCGCAAGAAGAUGGUGAAGGGCGUGCCCUGCUGUUGGCACUGCGAGGCCUGCGACGGGUACCGCUUCCAGGUGGACGAGUUCACAUGCGAGGCCUGCCCUGGACACAUGCGGCCCACGCCCAACCACACCGGCUGCCGCCCCACACCCGUGGUGCGCCUCACCUGGUCCUCCCCCUGGGCGGCCCCGCCCCUCCUCCUGGCCGUGCUGGGCAUCAUGGCCACCACCACUGUGGUGGCCACCUUUGUGCGGCACAACAACACGCCCAUCGUCCGGGCCUCGGGCCGUGAGCUCAGCUAUGUGCUCCUCACCGGCAUCUUCCUCAUCUACGCCAUCACCUUCCUCAUGGUGGCCGAGCCUGGGGCCACCGUCUGCGCUGCCCGCAGACUUUUCCUGGGCCUGGGUACCACCCUCAGCUACUCUGCCCUGCUCACCAAGACCAACCGCAUCUACCGCAUCUUCGAGCAGGGCAAGCGCUCCAUCACACCCCCACCCUUCAUCAGCCCCACGUCGCAACUGGUCAUCACCUUCAGCCUCACCUCCCUGCAGGUGGUGGGGGUGAUAGCGUGGCUGGGGGCCCAGCCCCCACACAGCGUGAUCGACUAUGAGGAGCAGCGCACAGUGGACCCAGAGCAGGCCCGCGGGGUGCUCAAGUGCGACAUGUCGGAUCUGUCCCUGAUCGGCUGCCUGGGCUACAGCCUCCUGCUCAUGGUCACGUGCACGGUGUAUGCCAUCAAAGCCCGUGGUGUUCCCGAGACCUUCAACGAGGCCAAGCCCAUCGGCUUCACCAUGUACACCACCUGCAUCAUCUGGCUGGCCUUCGUGCCAAUCUUCUUUGGCACUGCCCAGUCGGCUGAGAAGAUCUACAUCCAAACGAUGACCUUGACUGUGUCCUUGAGCCUGAGUGCAUCGGUGUCCCUCGGCAUGCUGUACAUACCCAAAACCUACGUCAUCCUGUUCCAUCCGGAGCAGAAUGUGCAGAAGCGGAAGCGGAGCCUCAAGACAACCUCCACAGUGGCAGCUUCCCCCAAGGGCGAGGGCGCAGAAGACCCCAAGUAGCAGGUGGGGCAGGGAUGGGCCUAGCUGCCCCCUUCUCCUCGUUUCUUUUCUCCCUCUCAUUUUGCGGCGAGAGCUGUGAGGAGGCCAGGUCCACUGAGAGCUGUCAAGGCAGGUGUCUGUGAAGACUGUGCCUGGCACUGACAGGGCUGGCCUUCGGGGCACCGACCCCUCUUUUCUAUGCGUGUUAGCAUCAUCAUCCUUCCUGGCUGUAGACCGAACUUGCUGUCCAUGGCGGGAAACAGCCAUUGCAGGCCUCUUCCUCUGCUGGAGAGGACUGGUUACCCUCUCUGGUCUGAAGCUUGGUGAUUAAGAUGCAGGCCCGGCCUCGGCCGGCUCGGGUGAGAGCUGCCCCCUGACCAACCAUCACACUCAGGGGUUGUGCAGUGUGCCGGAACCUCCAGACCCCAGAGUGAAAGGAAGGCUUGGAGGAGGCCCCCUUUGUGUUAACAAGUGGAGACUUAUGGGUUUGCUAGGGACGGACACAGGCUGGGAGAGUGUGGUGCUGACAGAGGGACAGACCCUGGGUGAGACCCCCAUGAGCAGCAGGCAGGACCAUGAGCCGAGGACCUGGGUGCACCCUGUGAGGCUCCUCACACCGAGGUCUUUUCCCCUGGGAUUGAGGAAGGUUGAACUUGGGGGAAAAUAACUGUUUUCCUCCCCCAUGUACACACCAUGAACUUACUCUCCACAAGUCAGACACUCAUAUAAAACUGUGCGGGUGAGUGGUGUAAGAAUAAAGGGGCAUGGUGGCAUUUGCCACCCUCUGAUGCCUGUAGGGGGUUGUGUUCAGGAGCCCAAGGUUGGGAGCAGAUGUGGGGGAGGCAGCACAGUGAGGAUCACUUCCAAGUGGGUAACUUAGGGUGACUGUAAGAACUAUCUGUUGUGUUUACUUUGAAAGAUGAGCAUGAGGCCUGGGGAGGGAGAUUCUGGACCAUCAUGGAUGUUCUUUCUCAUUCAUCUUUUUUAUAAAAAGUGUGGCUUUCAUCUUGGAGUUUUGUUCCCCUGGGGGUGGAAUUUUAAUUUGUCAAAUUGAUAGUUUUUAAAAUCAGUAUAAAUUCUCUAGUGUGUAAUGUCUGAAGCUAAUUUUGAGGGUGCAGGACGCUUUACACAACGCAGAGACUCUUCCCUAGACAGAGUCUUUGGUGCAAAAUGAACUUUGACCUCGGGACUAAGUGUUUCCAUGUUUUUAAGUUAACAGGGCUGCUUCUUAGGAACCACUGUUGCACCACAGGUCCUCCUCAUAUGUUGCAAUCCUAGCCUUCUCCACAGUGUGAGUUAUGAAAUUUCACAUACGGCCGAACGCCUUCCAAAGUUCAUCAUUUCAUAGGGCUUCUCUCCUCUGGGGGGUCUUUGAUGUGUAAUGAGGUGUGUUUUCUUGCUGAAAGCUUCCCCACAUUAGUGCUUUUGUAGGGUUCUUUAUGGGGGACCUUUGAGUCAGUGAACUCUGAAGGUUUCUCUGCAUUUACUGUUUUCUUAGCGUUUCUCCUAGUAUGAAUUCUCUGAUGUACAAUGACAUUUGACUUCUAGUUGAAAGCGUUUCCACAUUUUUAACAUUUUUGUGGUUUUCUCUACUUGUUAGAAUGAUUUUUUAGUAAAGGCAUUUCCACAAUGACUGGAUUUAGAGGAUUUCUCUGGAGCAUGAGUUUUCCGGCUUCCUGUGGAAGACUUCCACACACUUCCCACAUUUGUUCCUACCUAUCUGCUAGGAAUUCUCAGAUGCCUGGCAACUUUUCU